ACGGAAACUGUCCCUUCCAAAGCCCCGCCAUCGCGGGGUGGGCCGCCCUGCUCCUCCCCCAGGCCCUGGGCGCUGACCACAGCAGGCACGUGUGCUGACGGCAACCGCCCGCCCCGGCGAGCCCGGGCAGGGCCCAACAGGAGGAGCCCGGGCACCGCCCGUUGGCCCCGCUGGGCCCUGAACGCCCAAGGGCAGCGGCGCGUCUGCCCGGAGCGCGUCAGCAGCAACCUGUGAAGACUGACACAAUGCAUCUCAGCAGUUCUAAGAGUGGAGGCGUUCAGGCUCCAGUGGCCCGAGGUCCUGAUGCCUGUCAGAUGAUAACCAGAGCCCAGCUAGGCCAGGAUCCUCAGCAGAGAACAGUGCUAGGGAUACUAACUGAGAAUGGGCAAUACAGAAGGACCUGCAGCCAGGGGAUCGCAACGCUAAGGUGUUUCUCUGGAUCAGAAAAUGUCUUCCCUCCAGUUGGAAAGAAAGUGCUCUCUGACUGUGGGCUCCAUGUGCCAGCCAAACAAGGAUUUGAUAUCUACAUGGAUGAGCCCGAGCAAGGGGACAGAGACAGCUGCCCAGAGAGAGAGGGGAUGACCCUGGAGGAUGUGUAUGAAGUUGACACCAGCACACUCAAGUCAGACUUGCACUUCCUGUUGGAUUUUAGCACAGUUUCACCUAUGCUGGUAGAUUCAUCUCUCCAUUCCCAGUCUGAGGAUGUACCAGAUAUUGGUACAGAUGUGAUAAAUGUGACUGAAUAUGCUGAAGAAAUUCAUCAGUACCUUAGAGAAGCUGAAAUAAGACACAGGCCCAAAGCACACUAUAUGAGGAAACAACCAGACAUCACCGAAGGCAUGCGGACGAUUCUGGUGGACUGGCUGGUGGAGGUUGGAGAAGAAUAUAAGCUGCGAGCAGAGACUCUCUACCUGGCUGUCAACUUCCUGGACAGGUUUCUUUCAUGCAUGUCUGUUCUGAGAGGAAAAUUGCAGCUUGUAGGAACAGCGGCUAUUCUUCUGGCUUCGAAAUAUGAGGAGAUAUACCCACCGGAAGUAGAUGAGUUUGUGUACAUAACAGAUGAUACUUAUACAAAACGACAACUGUUAAGAAUGGAACAUCUGCUCCUGAAAGUUUUAGCAUUUGAUCUGACAGUGCCAACUACCAACCAGUUUCUCCUUCAGUACUUAAGAAGACAAGGAGUCUGUGUCAGAACUGAGAACCUUGCUAAGUAUGUAGCAGAACUGAGUCUCCUUGAAGCUGACCCAUUCUUGAAAUAUCUUCCUUCAUUGAUAGCUGCAGCAGCUUAUUGCCUGGCAAACUAUAUUGUGAACAGACACUUAUGGCCAGAAACCCUUGCUGCAUUUACAGGCUAUUCAUUAAGUGAAAUUGUGCCUUGCCUGAGUGAACUACAUAAAGCAUGCCUUGGUAUACCCCAUCGACCUCAGCAAGCAAUUAGGGAGAAGUAUAAAACUUCAAAGUACAUGCAUGUGUCUCUAAUGGAACCACCAGCAGUCCUUCCUCUGCAAUAAGUUCAGAACUGAAGAAUUUUCAGAACUGAGCCUCCAGAUCAACAAAAUUGGUCUUAAACAUUAUAGAUUUCUGCAGGAUGGGUCAAGUAGUGUUGCUACACUAGAGGUGUCAUUUUGAAAAAAAAAUGUAAAUGUAUUUGGAUUCUCUUAGAUGUUAGUAGCUUGUAAUAUAGUCUAAACAUUUUUUAAAAGAAUAAACAACUUGCCUUAUG